UGACCGGCGUGGGGCGGUGCCCGUUGCGGAAGCGGCCGCUGUCGCCUCGGGGACUGCAGGAGACGGGAUCCGGGAGCCCUCGGCUGCCCGGCCGGGGAGCGAUCAUGGUGCAGCUCUACCACUUGCACCCGUUCGGCUCGCAGCAAGUGGUGCCCACCAAGCAGGAGCCGGCGGCCUUCUGUUGCGCGCGGGACGCGCUCCUGGUGGCGUGCGCGCCGGGCGCCUGCAAGGUGGAGGUCUUCGCCCCCGCCGGGCGCCCGGAGGUCAGCGAGGCGCUCGGCUCUUUCCAUACCCUGGGCCGGGUGCUGAGCCUGGCGUACAGCGAAGCCGGGGACUAUGUGGUCACUAUUGAGGAGAAAAACAAGAGCCUCUUCUUGCAAGCCUACGUAAACUGGAGAUGUUUCUCGGGUGGAACGGCACGUGUGUGUGUUCGAAUCGUGGGCCAUAACCUAGAAACACCCUAUAGUGAAGCUUCUAAAGACCAAAUGUCCAUCAUCGAGUUGCCGCUUUCUGAUCCUCCCUUGUGCUUUUCCUGUUGUCCUUUAACUGGAGACCUGCUUGUUGGCUGCAAGAAUAAAUUGAUCUUGUUCCGCUUGAAGCGUCUUGUCUUAAGGCAGGAUGUAACUGUGAUGGAUUUUGAGCGUUCUUUGAUUUUGCAUAUUCAAAAUUUCACACCCUCAGAAGUUGCAUUUUGUGCUGGCUACAUUGCUAUAACAGCAGAACUAGAAGUCCUAAUCAUUAAACUGGAAACUGGUAAGAAAACAGCCAGUGAUCAGGAACAACAGCAUAUCUAUCGAUCUCUGGAACCUGAAAAUACUAAUAAAGGUAUAAAAGAGGAAGCUGAUUCAACUCACUUUGAUCCAGAUGACUUUGUUAUUUGCCAGCAGCCUGUGGAGCUCCUUGAGGAAGAAAGUAGCCAUUGUGGAAUAUCUGUUACUCUAGAGUCAACAGGCUUAGUCAAUGAAGAGCUAAAUUUCCAAAUGCGAUAUGUGCUCUACAGGCGCUUUGCCCCAGACCUGUCCUCAUUUCUCUACUCUGCUGAACAUGUUAAGCUGCACUCCCUUCAGCUGUUACCUAUGUAUGAAACAGGGAAUUCCAAGAAAAUAGACAGAGGCGAUACACCUAAGCAAGAACUGCUGAGUCUAUUCUGCUUUUUCUCCCUGCCCCACAUUGGAUAUCUGUACACAAUUAGUAACUUAGUGGAGCUGAUUUCUACCUACCAUUAUUCAGAGAGAUCUCAGCAGGCAGUUCUCACACCCCAGUUCCUUCACGUUAUCACAAGCAACAACCUGCAAUGCUUUACAGUAAGAUGCAGCGCAGCAGCAGCUCGUGAUGAAGACCCGUAUAUUGACACAACCCUCAAGGCAUGUCCACCUGUAACACUGGAUGUCUGUGCCUUGACAAUGCAGCUUUUCAUAGGACUGAAAGCUAUCUCUCACUUCAAAAAUCACGUCAUAGUUUUGACAAAAGCAGAUGCAGAGAACAUCACACAGAGAAAAAAACCUUCAAGGAGACUCCUCUCCCGAAAGACAGGUAACACCAAAGGCAAAGUUCCUCCAGAAUCUGAACCUGGGUGGAAUUUAUACAUCGUGCACACAACUUCAACUCUCCAGCUUUAUCGGGAAAUGGUAGAAUACAGCAAGACUUAUGAAAAUGUAAGAACAGAGAGUUGCAUUCACCUUCUAAGUGAAGCCCACUUGCUAGUCAGAACAGCUUUAAUGGACCCUGAUUUGAUGGAAUCAGAAGAAAAAGAAGACCUCCUAGAAGCAUUUCGGGAAAGUUGUGCUCUCCUAGGAGACUGUUAUAGCAGGUUUGACACCAAAGAUUUCCACCUUGCACUGCCUUACUAUAAGAUGUCUGGUCUGUCCAUGACUGAAGUUUUGGGAAGGAUAGAUCCAGCCCUUGAAGAUAAAACACAGAAGUAUGAAAAAGGGUUUAUAUUUUAUUUACAUCACUCCCUUUAUGAAGACAUAGGUGAAGAUCUAAGUGAAGAACUGGCAGCAAAAGUGCUCCAGAUCUUCUACUUGGCCGAGCCAAACCAGAUGCCCCAUAUCAUCUGCAGCCCUUCCAUGAAAAACGUGUGCCCUAAAAUUGCUAUGGAAUAUCUACAAAGGGUAGAAGUGGUUGUACCGUCUGUUGUGGUAACACUAACCAAAGCAUCUAUGGCUCUGAAAAUGGGAGAUUUGGAUAGAUGUCAGAAUGAGCUGGACAACUAUGCAGAGAUGAUGCUGGUGUGUGGCUUUAUUGUGGAACCCAGACUCCUGAGACAGCAAAUUAAAGGGCAGAUGGUCCCAACUGAACUUGCUGUUUACCUCAGGCAGAAAAGACGUGGAUUUCUUGUGGCUUCAGUGUUAGCUUUACAUGAGAACAAUAAAAUGGAGCUUGAAGAAGCAGACUCGUAUAUCAAGAUGUUGACUGCCCAAGAUGAAGAUGCUGUCCCACAGCUCUUAGUGGACUUCUGGGAAGCCCUCCUUGUAGUCUGUGCUCAGGAAAAUGUGGUUCAGAAGCUGCAGUUUAGACUUGCUGCAGAAUAUAUUUCAAGGCUGUCCAGGAAACAGAUGCCAGAUACUAAGCCACUAAAAACCACUGAAGACCUGAUAAAUUCCUGUGGUCAUUAUGGACUUAUUUUUCCUUGGGUUCUAUUCAUGAUGUCAUUAGCCCCUCCUUCAAACCAGAAUUCUUCUGAAGACCUUUCAAAAUUACAGUCUCUCUUUUGCAGUCCAUACAUUAGUGCAGAUUCUCUUCUGUCAUUAUUGGAUGCCCUUCCAGCAGAUACAGUUUCUGGCCUAAGUGUUCACAUUCUUUGCGAUACACGGCUAGGACUGUAUGAGAAAGCUAUUGACAGACUCUUGGAGAAAUGCCCUGAAGCUGUCAUUCCAUAUGCCCAACAUGAGUUGAAGAAUGAACGUCAGGCUUUGUGGUGGAACAAACUCCUUCCUGAGCUCUGCAACAGGACCAGAAAUGCUGGAGAACAUUAUCCUGUACUCCUUUCAUCCCUUCAAGAAACAUUAUCCGUCAUUGCCAUGGAACUGGAAUUAAAGGACUUCCUUAAUUUUUUGCCAGAGGAUGGGAAUGCUGCUUUUUUCAUGCCACAUUUGCUUCAGUGCAGUAGAAGGAAACUAAAGACCUAAGGGAAACCAGAGCCCCACAUGAUUUUCCAGCGAGCCCUUUGGAAGGAAACAAACUGAAAGCAGAACACCUUACACUACAGCUAUGAAGCUGUAGGUGUAGAUGUUCUUUUCUAUUAGCAUAUCCUCAUGUAUGGGGAGAGAGGAGGGUUCUCCUUCCUUAGCUUAAAUGACUUUGCUUAGUUCACAUGGGACUGACGUCUCAUACUAAGGAUAAUUCUAUCCCUUAAUACAACCUCUUGCCCUUAUGGUUUGCAAUAGUUUUACAGUGAUAAAAUGCUGGCAUUCCAGGGCAACCACCAUAUGAAGUAAGUCCAACCAAGUUGUUAAACAUUCCAAAGAUAUUCUCACUAUGCGGAUGCAAUUCUGAUCUUUCUGUCUAUACGUGGUGUCGCCUGGGAGGUCAGUGUAUCCAGACAUAUGGAUUUUUGUACUGGAAUCUAGCAGAAACUGCUCUUUAUCUAGACCUACUAACAAAAGUAAAAAUAAAUUCCUUCCACAAUUUGGUUUCAGUUUUGCAGAACUGGAGCUUGGUACUUGGAUCUACUGUAUUUGUGCCUGAAAAGAUGAAUUGCUGUAGGUGUGUUCUGUAACUUGACUUAAUAAAAACCAGAAGGAGGGACUUUUAUUUU